AUGAGACACACCAUAAUACCUCGCGCUGCCCUGCGCGGGGGACGCCUGCCGCGGGGUUGGAGACCACAAUUGGGGCGCGCCCCGCAGACGCGGUGUUUGAGUGCGGCCGCCGCAGCUCAGGUCACACCAGUCGCUCAACAGCGACCACCGUCGCGCAGCGAGCUCAUCAAGGACGCGAAACCCUUUUCUGACUUUCUCACCGACACAUUUCACCGGCAGCAUGACUACCUCCGCAUAUCGGUAUCGGAGCGGUGUAACCUCCGGUGUGUGUAUUGCAUGCCGGAAGAAGGCGUGCCGCUAUCGCCGAUGAAGGAGCUUUUAACGACACCGGAAAUUGUGCUUUUAUCCUCCGUCUUCGUAUCGCAGGGCGUUACCAAAAUCCGGUUAACCGGUGGAGAGCCAACGGUGCGGCGAGAUAUAGUACCGCUCAUGCACCAAAUCGGCGCGCUGAGACCUCACGGCUUGAAGGAGCUGUGUCUCACGACGAACGGUCUGUCGCUGCAUCGCAAGCUCGACAGCAUGGUGGAAGCCGGACUCACUGGCAUCAAUCUGAGCCUCGACACUCUAGACCCGCACAUGUUCACGAUUAUGACGCGGCGCAACGGGUUCGAGGCCGUCAAGAAGAGCAUCGACCGCAUCUUCGAGCUCAACAAGGUCGGUGCGGGCAUCAAGUUCAAGAUCAACUGCGUCGUUAUGCGGGGCCGCAACGACCACGAGAUCGUGCCCUUCGUCGAGAUGACGCGGGACAAGAACGUCGAGGUGCGUUUCAUCGAGUACAUGCCGUUCGAUGGCAACAAGUGGAACCAAGGCAAGAUGCUGGGCUACUCCGAGAUGCUGGACAUGAUCCGCGAGAAGUACCCGGCGCUGGAAAAGGUCAAGGACCACAAGAACGACACGAGCAAGACGUGGCGCAUCCCCGGCCACGCGGGUAGGAUAGGCUUCAUCACGAGCAUGACGCACAACUUCUGCGGCACCUGCAACCGGCUGCGCAUCACUAGCGACGGCAACCUCAAGGUGUGUCUCUUUGGCAACACCGAGGUCUCGCUGCGGGACAUUUUGCGCAAGUCCAACAAUGGCGACCCCAUCGACGAGCAGGCCUUUGAGGCGAUGAAACAGAUCGAGAUGGACCGCCGGCAGGGGCUGGCUGAAGCGGAUAAGCCUCUGGGCGUGGCCCUCAAUGAGGCAGAGCUGCUCGACGUCAUCGGCAUGGCGGUCAAGCGGAAGAAGGAGAAGCACGCGGGCAUCGGGGAGCUGGAGCACAUGAAGAACAGGCCGAUGAUCUUAAUAGGUGGGUAA